GAAAACCCCCCACAACUGACUGUCUCUUUGCUGCCAGACAAAACUGCCAAAGCCAAUAAUGUUUCUUUGAGGGACCUUUCUUAUGUCAGAGAUACUCUCUCUCUCUCUCUCUCUCCAUCCUCUCAUGUUCUUUGCUCUUCAACAAACAUCUGUUGUCAUCUCUUUGGUCUUUAUUUUUACCUCUUUGUUUACUUCCCUUUCUCCUCUCUUAUCUCUCACUUUCAAGUUCCAAUUUUCUCUUCAAGGCUUCAUAACAAUUUAAGAACUUCUAUAUAAAGCUAACGGCCUUAGCUUCAGAAGCGAGUACAUGAUUAUCUUGUUUUUUUUUUACUUCAUUAAAAACGCCUCACAGUUAUUUUAAGAGAGAUACAAACAAACAAGAGAGAUAGAGAGAUAGAGAGAUAGAGAGAUAGAGGGAGGUCUCUCAGCUUUGUAAUGGAGAGGAUACAAGGACAAAACAAGCUCUGUGUAAAUUUGUUGGAUCAAAAAGUGAAUGUGAGAAGAAGCCUACAAGUUCAAGCAUCUGCGGAGGAUCAUAGCUUUCCUCUUGAGGAAGAUCAAUCUUCAAAUCUUACCUUGCAAGGUACAAGACUUCCAUUUCAACAAAUACUACAAGACCCUUCUUCGGUUUUGUCCUUCAAAGACCCACACAUUCUAGGAAACUAUCUCCCGCAUGAAGUUCCAGAGUUACAUUCACCGAUCCACUCAGAAACCAACCACUACUAUCAGAACUCACUUUUAGAAGGAACCAAUGAAGACAUCUCAAGCCAAGAACUUCAGCUAAACCCAGUAGACAAUGCGUUUUCAAGAGGCAAGCUCAGAAACAACAACUUGGCAGCAUCAGUGAGCAGAGAGAAGAGAAAGAGAAGAAGAAGCAAACCAAUGAAAAAUAGAGAAGAGAUUGAGAGCCAGAGAAUGACACACAUAACGGUUGAACGAAACCGCAGACGCCAAAUGAACGUUCAUCUCAACUCACUCCGCUCUAUCAUUCCAUCUUCCUACUUCCUUAGGGGAGACCAAGCGUCAAUAGUAGGAGGCGCUAUAGACUUCGUGAAGAUCCUCGAGCAACACUUGCAAUCCCUUGAAGCGCAGAAGAUAACUCAACAAACAAGUAAACUGAUAAUCGAUGCCACAGUGAUGGAGAGACAUGUGAAUCUCAAAAUGCAGUGCUGCCAGAGGAGACAAGGACAACUUGUCAGAUCAAUCUUUUUGCUAGAGAAACUUGGACUAACUGUACUUCAUCUCAAUGUGACAUCUCCGUGCAAUGCAUCUAUCGCUUAUUCCUUCAACCUCAAGAUGGAAGAUGCUUGCAACUUGGGAUCAGCCGAUGAGAUAACGGCGGCGGUUCGUCAGAUAUUCGACUGUUGAUUAAAAGUUAUUUUGUAACUUUGGUUUUAGGACUUAGGUGGAGUCUUCUUCUCAGCAUGGUGGCAUUUUGACUUUAGUUUAAGGGUACUCUGCAGAAUUGGGCCCCACCUGAUAAAGUUUGACGUUUGUUUUAAGAGUUGUGAAUUAUUCUUAUGCAAUCUUUUACCCUUAACUUUUUAAGGUGAUGGAUGGAUCAUGCAAUCAAACUAUGUAUAAAAACCAAAAAGAAAGGAGCAUCUAGCUAGCAAU